AUGGAAACCUUUUGUGUCGUGGCACGAUACAAAGGUGAAGGACGUAUGCUUCAAUUCACCAUAUUGAGUUCAUGGGAAACAGUAAUGGGUGACAUAAGUGAGCGGUGGGCAUUGGACGGUUCUCAGGUCAGGGUAAAGUUUGUGACACCUGACUCGUACAAGACGCUUUGCCCAAUUGAGUCGAAUGUUGACUUUCAACGCAUGUGCCAUAUACAUCAUACUUUCAACAAAACCGUUGUCGACAUCAUCAUCGAGGACGCGAAUGGGUCAAUGGAUAACAACUCGGGCUCAUUGAUUCCAUCGAACGCCUUCUCAGCAAGUAUGAAUGCAGAUGUCAAGACAUAUCUGUCCCAACAUCCUUCGGCAGGGGCACUCAGUAUUGUUCAGUCUUCACAAACACUUGAUAGGGACCAUGGAGUUCGCCUACCAUAUAAGCGUGUUUGGAUGGGGAAAGAGAUUGCACGAGCCGCCAUUCAUAGUAAGGAGGUUAGUAGUUAUGAUUUGCUUCUCUGGUAUGCGGACAAAGUGGCUGAGAUGAAUCCCGGCAGUUUUGUAAUCAUUGAGAAUGACGGUGAUCGAUUUAAACGUGCUUUUUUCUCGUUUCGGGCAUGUUUGUUGGGUUUCAAGUUGGGAUGGAGGCCAUUACUUUUUAUUGACGGAACUCACUUGCUUGGCAAGUACGGCGAGAUUCUGUUGGGUGUAACUGCCAAAGAUGGCAAUGAGGGUAUCUUCCAUGUGGCAUUCGCAGUAGUUGACAACGAAACAGAUGAUAAUUGGACUUGGUUUCUUGCUACCCUAGGGGAGGCAUUGUAUGGAGAAGAUGAUUACGACAAAGCGAACGGCAGCCUUGGGAAAUCAUUGAAAGAACAAUGCUGGUCAGUAAUCGUGAAAAUUGCGUAUGCGUACACAUCUAAAGAGUUCGAUGAUGCAACACAUGAACUUGUAGCUAUAUCGAUCGAUGCACAUGAUUGGUUGUUACACAAGUCCGACAUUGAUCAUUGGUGUAACUAUUUGUUCAAGGGUAUGCAGUGGUGCGAAAUGUAUUCUAAUGUAGCUGAGUCUUUCAAUGCCUGGAUCAAAGAGGCAAGGCAUCUACUGGUAACAAGCAUGGUCGAUACCAUAAGGUUUAAACUGAUGAAAAUGCUUACUGAGUGGCGCGAAGUGUCUGCCAUGUGGGACACAUACCUUUGCCCUGAGAUACGCAAGAAGGUUGAACAAAUCGUCGAAAUCAGUCGGUUUUCGAGGGUGGGUCGAUCAAGCGAUGACACUUACGAAGUGGUUGACGAGCACAAUAAUGCCGUCAACCUACGCUUACGUAAAUGUUCUUGUAGGAGAUGGGACGUACAUGGACUGACAUGCAAGCAUACAACUGCUGUGAUUAUGCAAACAGACACAAAUGUGCACUGCUAUGUCGACCAAUAUUUUACAGCAGAAUCAUAUUGUCGUACAUAUGCCGAACCAAUAUACCUGAUCCCUGACAGUGACAAGCCAUCGGAUGAUGACCGUCAACUGAGAAUGCGGCCACCGAUAGCAAAGAAACGACCCGGCCGUCCGCGAAAGAAACAGAUCGAAUCACAAUGCUUUGAUGUGCUCGAUUUACAUUGUGGAAGGUUACUGAGUAAAAUGAUAAAUUUCUGUGUUGUUAAUGAUGUCAUUGUGUAUACAAUUGAUAUUGCUGUGUAA